AUGGAAUAUAUUGAAAAUAUAAUAGAAAGGCGUAGUGUGAUUAACCCGAUGUCUAAUGAUUGUAUUCGGCGAACAUAGCGAAUAAUUUAUCAACAUAAUUCAAGAAUGUAACGGUAAAGACCAAUAAUUAUUGACCGUUUACUGAUCGUGCUUCGCUGAACGUAUGGGCCUGUGAUCCAUAUUCUGAAUCCACUUUUAUUGAAUUGGCUGUAGCUGCAUUUCGAUAUUCACUGUCAGUACUGAAAAUAUAUAGUUCAGAUCACGUAUAUUAUAGAUUUUCAGUACUGGCAGUGAAUUUCGAAACGUAGCCUGUGAACUACUUUUUAGGCACUUUUAUCGAUAAAAGAGAAUUUACAGACUAUGAACCUGUGACGUUACUUACCGAUGCUUCACUAUAUUGCCAAUAUUCUCUUAUAAUGCAGACUCAAGGUUUACUGUAUUAUCAGCGUAGUUAAUAAAAAGAUUAGGAAAAGUAUCACCAAAGUUAGUGGCGCGCAGAUGCUUAUGUCAUUCUUUGAAAUAUGUACUUGUAUAAGUCUCUCUAAUUAUAAAUAUACAAAUAUUGUGAAAAAAGAUAAUAUGUUAGCGCGUGAAAUGUGUCUAACUAUAUCGAUUUAUAAUAUUAUUUCGGAAAUUAAAUAUAUUUUUAAGACAUAGAGUUAAGAAACAACUUGUAUAUAUCAAAAGUAUGACUGGAUUACUUGCAUUCUGCAUAAUCUUUUUACUCCUUUACUGUUUUUUUACCCGAGUGGUACCAAAACUAUUAGCAUGGAUAGUGAAACGUCGUUAUAAAAUCCACUUGCGAGUAGGUCAUAUAUCUGUACCUUAUUUUAUCUUCCGUGAUGUUAAUGUAACUAAAAACGGUUUCACAUUGCAAAUUGAAGAGAUAAGCAUACGCAGCAGUUUACUUAGUAGCGAUGUCGCAAAACUAUUAGUUGUCGUUAUGAGAGAUGUCAGAAUAAAUAAAGAUGUUCCAGUUGAUUCGACGUAUCAGAUACAACACUCCAAUAAACUAUUGGAUUUUAGAAACAAAAAAAUACCUCCAAUUAUAAUAAAAUGUGUGCAGUUUACAGCUGUACAUGUAGAAAACAUAAGUCUACUAGCUCUGGGCAAUGGCUGGUUGGCUAAUGGAAAUGCAGAAAGCUUAAGCCUGGAUGGCAGUAUUGUACAUGGUGCACGUACGUUAUUAGCAUCAGCGUCUAUUGUCGGAGGAACUAUGAAACUAUUGCGACAUGCUUCGGAUGCAUGUCUCUCUCAAAUAACAUUUGCUGGAACAGUAGAAGCUACGUUCAAAGCUCAAGGAGAACUUUCGGUUGAGACAUUAUGUAUUGGAAUAACGCAAACUGAAGGAUCCGGUGGUGCAGGUCUUAUUCGGUUUUUGAGAGAUAGAAGUUCCCUAAAUACUACAACUUAUACAUGCAGUAAUGUACAUAGUAACUCCUCCAAUAAUCUCAUGACUAGAAUAGCGCCUAUUUUACCAAAGGAUUUUACAUUGAAGAUCGGUAAUUCAUUAAUAAUAGCUGGUAGAGAGGAUAGCAACAUGGUGGGUUUGGAGGGUACCUUAAAAAGUCUUCAAGUUCAUGCAAAAUUUCAAGCUAAUAGGACGCAGUUGAAUUUUACUGUGAGCCUAGAUGGUUUGUGCAUACGCGGAAAGCUUCCUAUUUUAACUCUACAUUCUCUGUCAAUUGAUACAAAAAUGGAGGAAAAUAUUUUAUGCAUUGAUGUGCAACUAAAUAAUCUUUCGAUAAUAUACGAUCACAGGGACUGGGAAUCGUUGCUUUAUAAUAAUGAAAAUGAUAUUUCAAAACCUGUUAGCAACAUAUCGCUGAAAAAUAGAUUACCACAUUUUGAAAUAACAUUAAAUACCGAGUUGUAUGAUUCUUCGUUAAACAUAAAAUUACCAGAUGUGCAAGAAGCAUCAUGCGGUGUCGCACAUAUGAAAUUUGCCUUGAAUUCGUCUACAGAUAAAACUGAAAAUCUAAAUACAGAAUUGGUCGUCGAAUCUCUAUAUUGUGCAUUAAAUGGCGUCAAUAGCAAUAUCUCCGAAACUUCUCAUCAAUGGGGCAGUCCUCUUUCUGUAGGAGUAUUGUUAGCGACAACCCGUAGUAAUGCCAUAGGAAUUGCGGUUGAUGCUCUUGUAACAGAAUGGAGUUUAGAACUUGCGAAAUUUCUCGAACAAGCUUACAAGUAUUACAAAAAGUAUCAACAGCCAACGGUUAAAAAGAGAGAUAUGAUAUUACGCAAUUCUAUUCAAUUGAAUCUUAAAGUAACGAACUGCAAUCUAUUCUUCAUCGCGAAAAAUGAGCUAUCUAUAAUGAUGCGUUUGGACGUAGCUACCAUGGAACGAAACGCAAAACGAUUCAUAGGCGUGGCCGAAGGUAUGAGUGCCAUAACUCUCAAUAAGAAUGAGCCAAUUAUGUGUCAACACGCGCAAGCUUUGACGCAUCCAUUUCUGGCGAUACGAAAAUGCAAAGCCGCAAUUAGUUCUGACGCCGUGAACGUUAGUCUUGACGGUACCAAUUUAGCAUGGAGUCCUAAUUUACAUCUUCGCUUAUUACAAUUUUGGGUGGAAUCUGAAGAUUUCAGAUCUAUUGUCAGGAAUGAAAUGAGCGCGACUCGUAUUGAAGAAGUGCAAAAGAAAAAACGUAUUAUAGAUUUACUAGCUACAGGUGGAAUCACUGUCUCUAUAGAUAUUUCUACUAAACAUUUCUUAAUAUUAACGUCCGAUCAGUUGCGUUGGUCGCAGGGCGAAUGGAGAUUUACCUAUGUUCGAGUUACCCUGGACAUGGCUGAUAUAAUUAUGAUCGAAGGUUUUGAAUUGAUCAGAAUAGCUGAUAAUGCGGAAAUGCGAGCGGAAAGACAAAGCAACGAAGGUUUCGUAUUGGAUUGGAACGAAUGCUGGGCACUCAAUAUCGAUUCCAUCAAAAUUUGUUUUCCGUAUAAGCAUCAAUUCACAAAUGCGAUACAAAAUGAGUUGCUAAGCAUUAGAAAAUGGCUGAAAGAGAUUCAUUCCUCGAGCAUACCCAAGGAGGAGUCCUUGCCCUGCGAUUUGAUCAUUAAAAUCAAGGAAUGGACGUUCGAGUUGAGCGAUGAUCCAUUUGAAGUACGUUUACGCGACAAUUACGAAUUGCUGGAGGACGAGUACAAGGAGAGUUUAAAACGACAAGCGAUGUUGGAUGCCAAAGUGCAGGAACUUUGUCGCGCUCAUUUACUGCUACCGCAAGGAAAAGUCGAGGAAUUAUAUGCUAGUUUAAAUAAAAAGAAUGCGGAGAUUUAUGUGCAGAGAUGGAAGCAAAUGCAACGAGCAGGUCCCGCGAGAACUCGAUUGUUCGCCUGGACUAUGUUAGAUCUGGAAAUAUUAGCUUUAGCCGAUCCGUCUAUAAAUGGUAUGGAAAAGGCAGUGAAAGCAUUGAGAGAGAUGGAUUCAGAAACACCUUGGCCAGAAGAUGGUCUGGAGUUCAGCGCAUUGUGGGUUCGCGGAAUCAGCCUGAAAUGUGCCGAGUGGAAACUUCAACUUCGCGAUUUCCCGCAGCCGCUGCUCCUAGUAGAGAACUUAAAUGUGUGGGGUAGGCUUGCUGGAGCGGAAGCUUUAGCACCAUCGAGGGCGAAAAGGACCGUUAGAAUCGAGAUCGGUGCACCAUGGGAGGACAUAGUGGUAGAAAGAGGAAUGACAUCUCUCAAAUAUUAUCACGAUCUUAAUUGGGAUAUUGACAAAUUCAGAUACGCGUUCGGUCCAUGCUGGGAGCCGGUGAUAGCGCAGUGCAAUCUCAGUUUCGAGAAGAUUCUUCAUCCAUCGAGAGAUCCAAGCCCGCCGUUACCAUUCUGGGAUAAAAUGCGGCUGACUCUUCACGGUAGACUGACGCUCUGUGUAAAACAGCUGACGGUACUAUUGCACGGUUCUCUGGAUCCGUACAACACCACGGAAGAAAUGGAACUCACAUGGACUGGACUUGAACUCGACUGGACGCAGGGAAAGAUUAUCAUCAAGGGUGAUCUCGAUGUCUACGUGCGUACAGCUAGCAAAUACGACGAUUGCCGAUUAUUACAUUUGCCUAAUGUCAGAUUGAGCAUUAAACUAGCGUGGGUAUGCCUAGGCGAUCCACGCGAUCAUCACGCCGCUAUACCUUGCGCUCCGGAUCGAUUGCCCGAAUACUCAAGCAAUCAGGAACACGACUCGUUCAGGGCGUUUCGCUCGCAAAAUCUAAACGUCAGCCUUUCGUUGGAGACCAAACCUACCGGUUCACCUACGUUGGCUAGUGCGCCAACGGCGCUUCUCUAUGGCAGUACAUUGAGAUGGUUCGAGAAUCUCAAAUUAAUUCUGUCAGGUGCGACGAGGCCCACAAGAAAAGGCCCAUUAUUUAAGAAUAUUCGACCCAGAAAGAAACAACUCAGUAGACACUACAGAAAAGUCCGGUUGACUUUAGCCUUUCAUCGUUUUCACGUCACGUACUGGAUGUCAUUCGCCAUGCAACGAGGCUUCGAAGUGACCGGCGGUCGAGUCGCCUGUAGCUCGGAGCACAAUCUUGCAUUGCAUCCGAUCGAUGAUGGACUGAUACAUCGACCACGAGCGGAAUGGUCCAUCGUGUACAUGAAUUGUGAACUUAGUGACGCUGAGAUCUGGCUCAAGAGCGCACUGCAAGAGGAUGAAGUAGAAAGCGCGUCUCUACGUCAACCGGUCGAAAAAUGUUACUGCUUGAGCGUGGCACGCGUCAGUUACGGCAGGGAAGCGAUGGUUGCCGGAGUGAGUGGUGACACGCCGAUCCAUCGAUUGGUUGUGCAUGAUCUACGCGGCGCCUGGACCAAGACCAAUCGUGACGUUGCCUUUGCCCUCUUCGACUCGUUCAUCAAAACUCAGCAGCUGAAAAAGAACCUGUCGACUGCGGCCCUCAAAGGUUUUCACAGGGACAACAGCUCGAUGCUCAAUCCGCAUAAGAACCGUGCUACCAGAUCGACCGUGGUCGAUCAACAGAGCACUCCUACGCAGGUCGUAACGCCAUCGUCCUCCGUGAAACCACAGCAAGGUGAGGCGGCAGGAAUGUUGCAAAGACUAAUAGCAGAGGCCGCCAAUAAACCCGUGGCUUUCAGCGAUGAUUUGUCGGUGCAAACUAGGGGACAACAAUUACGUGGGUUAGCAGCUUGCCAUCAGGAUGAUGUCUUACAUAAAAACUGGCUAAUCGCUUUGGUAAACAGUCAAGUGCUGUUGAAAGGCAUUGAAACCCGCGGCUAUGUGAUUCUCUCGGCAGCCAAAGCAGAAAUAUUGCAGAGAGUUCAUCAUCCGGUUUGGAAAGAGCGAUCUCUCGUUCCGAAAACGACUUGGGUCGGCUCAUUAGAAUGUAUGCAAUAUUAUGCUACCGUAAGCGCGAACAUUGACGAUAAUAUCGAUGACAAUAUUAUGUGGCUGACAUUGGAUAACAUACAAGAGAAAGAUUCUACUAUUAUAGCCGGCCUGCCGGACGUUCCGGCUCUGGUAGGAUCCGGUCAAAGCGUCGGCGGAGUGGUCAGUCAGACAGUGGGAGGAGGUGGCGGCCCUCAACAUCAAUUGCAACGCAUAGUGUCUCGUUGCAAGUGCGAGUUCUUUUAUGUCGGUUAUGGUCAGACUUUAGAUGUGGGCUCUGUAGAUCAAGUACCUCCUCCACCUAGAGAAGAGGUUAGCCCAUGGGAAAGAAAAGACUUGACCGCGGCCGACGCGUUUACGUUGAUGCAUCACGAUUUGGAUGUAUGUACCAAUUCGUUGCAAUACGCGAUGAUCCUGGAUAUAGUCAAUAAUUUGCUGCUGUAUGUGGAACCAAGGCGAAAGGAAGCUUCAGAAAGAUUGCAAAGAAUGAGAUUCCAGUUGCAGUUGCAUUCCAUUGAGGAUCAAAAGAGACCGAUACAGCAAUUACAAAACACAGUGCGCGGUUUGGUAGCGAAAUUGAGACGCUUGGAACGAGAGACGUAUUUGGUGCAAAAAGCGCUGGCCGACGAAUCCAAUCCGGAAUUACUCACGGAAAUGGAACGCUUGGAGGCGAGCGUAUUCGAAUGUAAAGAACAACUUGGCGCCAAAGCGGAAGAAUUGGACGUCAUGUUGAAUUGUUAUAAAGAAACUACCGCGCCAGCAGCCGCAUCGACCACGCUGAAGGACAAACCGGCCGCAGUGGCUAGAGUAGCCGAGAUUUGCUUUAAGCAUGCACAAUGGAGACUGACAGACGCGGACGGUCAGCUGGGUAUCGCCGAUCUUAUUCUCACCAAUUUUCUUUAUACGAAAACUAGCAAGACCGAUGAUUCGGUGGAACACUUGUUGGAGCUCGGAUAUGUCCGAAUGACGAAUUUAUUGCCAAAUCAGAUUUAUACGGAAGUACUUGUACCUACAGAAUUACAGAGCAACAUGCCUGUAGAUCGACAAAGAGCUCUUCGUGUUUUUUGCAGGGAAAAAGCACCGGUGGCUGGGAUAUCCGUAAAGGAACAUUUUGAGAUUAACGUAGUACCUCUUACGAUAGGUUUGACAAAAAAGUUUUUCAAUACUAUGCUUAAAUUUUGUUUCCCCGAGAGAGAUCCGGAAGGCAUAGAGGAAGCACCGGCGCCACAGCGUGAUUCAUCUUUUUAUGUACCCAUCGAGAGAAGAGACGAUGGAAAAAUGAAGGAAAGAGCGGACAAAAAUAAAUUAUUCAUAUAUAUUAAAAUACCAGAAGUACCUGUUCGCGUAUCGUAUAAGGGAAACAAAGAAAAGAAUCUUGAAGAUGUGCGUGACUUUGCUCUUGUCAUACCGACUUUGGAGUAUCAUAACGUCACGUGGACAUGGCUCGAUUUGCUUUUGGCUAUGAAGAGCGACUCCAGACGUGUAAUACUGAGCCAAGCUAUUAAACAAAAAUUGCAAAUAAAACCAAGGGGACCACCCGAGGAAUCCGCGCCGCAAGAGGAAGACAAAGCUCGUCUUUUAUUAGACAUUUAUGACAUCAGAAAUGAGAAAACACAUCGUACAUAAAAAUUUUUACAAAAUAUAUUUAGAUAAAAGUAUUUUUCAAUAAAACAACAUCUAUAAUAGAAUAAACAUAUAAAAUAUACCAAAAAUUGUCUUUUUGUUUCAGGAAGGAAAGUCAUUUAUUUAAGUCUGUUUGUCAUUUGUUUAAGUCAUUUAUUUCUAUUGUAUUGGCAGUUAUAGCUGUGAAUUUUUUUUAGCGCAUUUCGUUUUUGGUUAUACAUAAUUCAUUUUUAGAUAUAUAGUUAUUUAUUAAUAAUAGGUUGCCAUAUCGGAGUACGAUGUAUCCGUGCGAUUUUUCAUAUUGCUAUAACUUCUUGCAAUGAAAUUUCUUUAAACCAUUAUAAUUACUUGAAAAUAAAAUAUUUUAGAUUUGAUUUUUGAUUAUCUAUCUUUGUCUUACUUUGAAGUAUCGAUUUCACAUGUGUGAGCUAAAAAAUAUGCCUUCAGUUCAGAGAUAUAGUGUGACAAAGUUACGGAGUUCCACAAACCCCGGUGACAGGGAAGGUAAUUAAAAAUAAUAUAGUGAGCUAGAGUUAAUUAACAAAAGGAGAGUUUUCGGUAUAUUUUACAAGUUAUGUCUAUCGAUUUUACUUUAUUGAAAAUACUUCCAUUUUAAUAUGUCUUGCGAGAAUUUUUUCGCUUAUUUUUUUUCGUUUCUGAUGUCAUUCUAUCUUUAUUGUUCAGACGUAUUGUUAGACGUAAAAUAAGGUAGAAUGACGCCAAUAGUGCUUUGAGCGUGAAUCGGACCGCGGCCUUGAAUGAAUAGGAGGAUUUUAAGUUACUGCGCGCGCAUCAUGUAGACAUUUUUUUUCAAAAUUAAACAUUGCAUUUUUUUUAUUUUUCCAUAUCAUGAUAAUGACAAAGGAAUACCUCAUAUAUAAUUUCUAAAAAAAUAUAUGAGUUUGUAACUCAUACUUCUGUUGUAAUUAUUAAUAUUUAUUUUUAUCAUUACCUUUUAUUACCUCUCUUAUCUAUUAUAAUAAUCUAUCAUAAUCUCAGUGUAACAUAGUUAUGUAGUAAUGUAGAUAUAAUAAUGUAGUGUGUUCCAAUUAAAAAAUUAUUAUAAAAAAAAUUACAGAUAUGAAAUAACAAGUGAAGAAUUGUAUCGUUUAUAAAUCUCUUUUAUCUA